AUGCAUACUCCAACGCAGGAGGCAAUGGGCCACAUAUCCGAGGAACCCUCAUCCAACACUGCAUUUCAAACGACUUACAUGUACACCACAUCCAGCAGCUCUAUAGGUGACGCCUAUAGAACGGCUCAGUGCAAAAGGGCAGCGACCCAAAGUACCAUUCCACGAGCCACUAACCUAGACGAGCCUAGUGGAAAUAAACGAGCACAAUCAAUCUUGGGUAUUCGACGACCAUUUUCAGAAAAUCACAAAUCCGAUAAAUCGAGGCGGUGCCCGGGUCGCCUUCAAGAUAUCUCCCUCGCAGGCCUCGAACGGCAUCCUGCCAAUGGAUUACCUGCUAGGCCAGGGGUCGACAUAGCCUCGAUCGUGCGGCAAUACGCCUCCGGUCUCCCUCCACGCGCACAGGCUCACGUCCGCACACAUACACCGCCCAUUCCACCGUCGCAGACUUCGCCAGGCUUCAUCCCCAGUCGAUGGCGUUUUGUCCGCCCCAUCGCUCGAACUGACCCGUCCACUGCGCCUGUGUGCACGAACACAGUGGCUAUCGGAUGA